AUAUAUGUGUCUGUGUGUGUGUGUGUUUAUAUGUACAAUCAAACAUCAGCAUUGAAAAUAACAGGUGAUGAACUGUGUUUUAUGGUUUUGGAUUCAAUAAGCUAUUUAUUGCAGAAAACCUAGCUUUGAUUGCAAUCGUCUUCUACUCGAGUUCGCUCACCGAUUUCAACCGCAACUCACUGGUUUGCGAUCGGUGAAGCGAAGCCUGAACUUCAGAUUGUGAUUUCAUAUAUAGAGCUACAUCACCUACAAUGGAGCAGCAAGGAAAUGGACAGAUGCCAUAUAGUAUGAACCUAUACCAAACUAACCACAUGACAGGACCCCCUUCCCCUGCCUCCGCCACCUCAGCCCAACAAUCCCCCCAAACCGCCGCCACGCCAGCUCAGCUUGCCCACCACCACCUCGCCUACCAGCACAUCCACCAGCAGCAGCAACAGCAGCUCCAGCAGCAGCUGCAGCAGUUCUGGUCCAACCAGUACGAAGAAAUCGACCAGGUCACCGAUUUCAAGAACCACAGCCUCCCAUUGGCCAGAAUCAAGAAGAUAAUGAAAGCCGACGAGGAUGUGAGAAUGAUAUCCGCAGAAGCACCUGUCAUAUUCGCACGUGCGUGCGAAAUGUUCAUUCUCGAGCUGACUCUACGCGCGUGGAACCACACGGAGGAGAACAAGAGGCGGACCCUACAGAAGAACGAUAUAGCUGCUGCUAUCACGAGGACUGAUAUAUUCGAUUUCUUGGUCGAUAUUGUGCCGAGGGAGGAUUUGAAAGACGAGGUGCUUGCUUCGAUGCCGAGAGGGGCGAUUCCUGUUGGAGCUCCUUCCGAGGGUGUACCGUACUAUUAUAUGCCGCCGCCACAGGGUGUUCCUCCUCCAGUCGGUGCUCCUCCGGGUAUGUUUGUGGGGAAGCCUGUUGACCCGGCACUCUAUGGUCAACAGCCCCCUUCGAGACCUUAUAUGGGUCAGCAGAUGUGGCCACAACACCCACCACCACCUGCAGAUUCUUGAACAGAUUGAUAGGAACAUGGUUCUGGAUUUGGAUUGUGCUACUGGAGUACUCAGGCAAGGGAAUCAAAUUGGAAUAUCUAUAUUAUUACAUUAAUGCCAGUUUUAUUAUAGACUCUGGCUUGGUUUUUUUUUUUUUUUGGAUGUGUUAUAUAGAUUUACUCGUAUUUAAACCCGGUCUUGUCGAAGCUUUCAAAUUAUGAAUUUACGAACUUCUGUGGUAUAUAUCAUUGUCGCAUAUACGUGUGCGCGUAUUUCUAC